AUGCUAUCAGAAGAGAACUUGAAUCCAAUUUCCUGUGAGCUAUGCAGACAGCGCAAAUGCAAAUGUGAUCGCAGGCUUCCGUUCUGUUCUCAAUGCGCAGGGGAAGCAUCGAAAUGCAUCUACCCCGAGAGUGGUAAAAGAGGCUUACCGUUGGGAUACUUGAACCAAUUGGAACAGAGGCUGGCAGAGACCGAGUCAGCGCUUUAUGGGGCUUUGAUGACCAUUCGUUCAAUGGGACAAUCAACAGCAGUACAAACCAUAGCAAAGACGGAUAUUUCUCUCAAGCACAAGGCAGCUCGCAUGGCAGAGUGGUCUCAGCUGCCCCUUCGAGAAUGGCCCGACAUGGAGCGUUGGCUGACGGUCAUGUCGGACCGGUAUACCAUUGAGCAGCCAAGUGACGGGGUUUCAGACACAUCGGGACGUGGCUAUGCGAUUCCUAUGACUCCUACUCACGAUAAAUCGCAGAACUUGGGAGAUCAGCCUCAUUCUGGAUUAGUCUCAUCUGCAUGGCAACCCCGAGACAAUAGGGUCAGUUCGGGAAGUCCAUACGAUGCUCAUCAGCCCCACCCCGGGGUGAUGGCUUCGCCGGUUUAUUUUGGACACCAAGUCGCGGUGGAACCCGAACCCAUGCCGUCCCCAGGUAGUUCCCGAGACGCAAUAACUGGCGUCGAAGAUGCUGGUGGUGUUUCGGUGGAUGCAAAUGCAUCUGCAAGAGCUGAGGUGGAGACGGGGCGGUCGAGCAAAGCUGAGGAGCUGUCACACAAUAACCCGAGUCUUUACUUUUAG